AUGGCGUCUUCGCAGAUGACCGCAGAGAAAUGUUCUCAUUCAGAAGCUUUAUCCUCGUCAUAUCACCCCCGCCAGGGCUUUCAGAGUCGUCUCUCCUCUCUCCCGCCGGAACUCCACCAUAUAAUCGCCGACCACCUCCCCUACCCUGACUUGCUCUCACUAAAACUAACAAACACCUACUUCGCCGCCCUGGUAGCUCCAAAACUCACGGUCAAAUCGCGCAUCAGCUGGGUUCAGGGUCGAUACGCCCAGCAUCUCCCCGUGCCCACGAGCAGCCAGCUCUCGUUCAAAUCGGACGCGCUUUUCGUCGCCAAUGCAGAAGUCAAGACGAUCCUGAGAAGGCGGAGGCAACAUCUGGAGUGCGCGGACCAUGAGCGCGGGAGGGCCUUUGUGUUCUCCUCCAUGUUUGCCAACCUCGACCUGCAAGUACGUGAAGGUGCUGCUGCACAUCAUCCGUGGACGAAAGUCUGCCUCGUCACGGGGAACACCAUUUGUCCCAGGAUCCAGGAGUUGGAGGCCAAGAUGCAGCGGUACAAGAAUAGCAUGGUGGGCAAACUGGCGGUGCCUGUCCUACGAGCGCUCGCUUGGCUGGCGGGUUGGCUUAGUGACUCAUUGAAUCAGCCAUGGGUUAUGGCUGGAAGGCUACGACCGUCAGGGCUCCUCCUUGGAAAUAUCCUCGCGAUGUCAAAGAUCGUUUUGAUAGUGGUCGUGAUCUGCGCCUUCUGCUACUGCAACGACAUCUCCUCCCUUGCGGAUUCACCUUACGGAAUUGGUGCAGUAAGAUGA